ACUCAAUUUGUCUCAAGACGAUUUUUGAAUUGCGUGCUGUGAGUUUUGUCCCUACGUGGAUCCGUAUCAACUUGGUUAAUCCAAGAUGGCGGCCACCACCGUUGCAAACGAUCUUGUAGAUAAUGAUCUUCCCGCUGCUGUGCGUCUACUCAACAGUCUCACAGAACAGGUUGCUUCAGUUACAAGUCAUGUCCGGGACCUGAUAAAGAAAGUCAGAGAGAAAGCUUAUCAGACCUCUAAGGGUUUGUCUUUUUUGGACUUGAAAUAUCAUCUAUUACUGUUUUACCUUCAAGACGUCACUCAUUUGAUCAGUUUAAAGACAGAAGGAGAAAGUCUGAAGGACAACAGCGCCAUCCACAGGCUAGUCACCAUAAGGACGGUUUUAGAGAAGAUGCGUCCUCUAGAUCAAAAGCUGAAAUAUCAGAUUGAUAAAUUAGUACGGACCGCAGUAACAGGCAGCCUUGCUGAGAAUGACCCUCUACACUUUCGCCCUAACCCUCAGAAUCUGGUCAGCAAGCUGAGUGAAUCUGAGAACUCAGAUGAGGACGACAAAGGAGGAAACUCAAAGGGGGAAAAAGAUCCCUCAGCCAGCCGGAAAUACGUACCUCCUCGUAUUGCUCCAGUGCAUUAUGACGGAGACAUCACAGAAGCAGACCGACAGAAGGAGCAGAUCGAUAAACAGAAGAGAGCGGCACUCCGCAGCUCUGUGAUCCAGGAGCUCCGACAGCAAUACAGCGACGCUCCCGAAGAGAUCAGAGACCGCAGAGACUUCCAGACCGAACGGGAAAGCAGAGAAGAGCUCAACAGGAAAAACUAUGAGGAGUCCAUGAUGGUGCGUCUCAGUAUGACACGUGAGCAGAGACUCAGGAAGAGAGGGAUGGUGGGAAUGACAUCACAGCUGAGUAACAUCACACGAUUCAGUGACAUCAGCGCUCUGACAGGGGGAGAAGCACAGGAUAUCGAUAAUCCAAAACCCAAGAAAAAGAAGAAAAUUAUCAAGAAAGGGAAAAAGAAAAUUUCAAGGAAGCACAAGUAAACCACUGAUGCCAAGGAGAAAUUUUAAGAUGAAUUUCAACAAAAUGAUUCUUUUCAUGUUUAAAGGUGCUACAAGUUUUUUGACUCUACUAAAGCAUAAAAAUACCAUAAUAUGUUUGCAGAUAUAUAAGAAACAUGUUAAGUUAACAUACUUGUUUAUCUGAAAAACAAUGCUACGGUCAGUUAUUAUCCCUUGAAAAUGUGCGAUCCGGGUGGAAUGUCUGUCUUUGUUUUGGUUUGUUAAACCCGCCCACUGCCAGUUAACCCAACUGUAUUUCGGCACCAAGGGUUGCCAGUUGGUGGAAAACACAGCGUAUUUAAUUUCAUUCAUCGUCAAGUGCGCUUGUUUGUGUCAUCAAUCUGGCAACCUGCAUGUGCCUCAAGUCUGAGGAGGAGGGGACGGGUAAAAAAAACCCCUCUCCGAUAUUUUGAAUUUGGACUGCAAUACCUAGUUCAACAACUCAGUGUCAAUCCCACAUACAGCACCUUUAAAUAAAUCUUUCCUUUUGUGAACAAGGGUGUGGAGCCUUAUGUAAAAAGGUUAGUCUCAGUGCUAAUCUGACUUCCUUGUUUGGCAUAUCCUUGAAGACUCUAAUAAAAUAAGGUGACUGCAUGGCAUGCUUAUUUUUUCAAGUGCA